AUGCAGUCCGCUGUUCGCAAUUCGGCCGCGACGGCGGUCGGCCGAACCGCAGCACGUCGACCUCAUGUUGCAUCGACGGUCAAGCGAGCGACGGCUCUGGCAUCGGUCGUGCCGGUCCAGAAGCGCAACUACGUUCCCAUCGAGACCCAGCAGCUCGCUCGCUCGACCAUCAUGAACGUAUUGCGGAACAUUAGCUCGAAGCGGGAGAUCGAGCAGUACUUGGCACAAUUCACUUCCGUCUCGUCGCCGCGGUUCGCAGUAAUCAAGGUCGGUGGCGGAGUCCUGGAAGACCAUAUGGACAGUUUGGUGCAAGGAUUGGCCACUCUGUUCCAUAUGGGGUUGUAUCCGGUUGUGCUGCACGGAGCGGGUCCGCAAUUGAACAACAAGUUGAAGGCGGCCGGUAUCACCUCGGACUACGACGAAGGCAUUCGGAUCACCGAUGCCAAAACAUUGGGCAUUGCGAGGAAGCUGUUCUUGGAAGAAAACAUGAAACUCGUCGAGAAGCUUGGAGAUAAAGGCGUUCGCGCAUGGCCGAUCACGUCCGGAGUCCUCUUUGCGGAUUACUUGGAUCGUCCGAAAUAUCAGUUCGUCGGGAAAGUCAACGAGGUCAAUACCCGACCCAUUGAGACUGCCAUUGCCCAAGGCUACCUCCCCAUCCUGACGACCAUGGCCGAAAACCAGGAAGGACAGGUGCUCAAUGUCAAUGCCGACAUCGCCGCCAGCGAGAUCGCGAAAGCGUUGAAGCCGAUCAAAAUUAUCUACCUAGCAGAGAAGGGCGGUCUUUACUACGAGAACCAGAAGGAUCUCAUCUCCGCGAUCAACCUCGACGAAGAGUUCGACCACCUCAUGCAACAGCCCUGGGUCCGAUAUGGUACCAAGCUGAAGGUCAAGGAGAUUAAAACCCUCCUGGACCAGCUCCCCAAGGCAUCGAGCGUCGCCAUAAUACACCCACGGGACUUGCAGAAAGAGCUGUUCACCGAUUCUGGCGCCGGCACCUUGAUCCGCAGGGGAAACAAGCUGAACGUCUCCACAAAGAUCUCGGAAUUCCCUGAUCCCGACAAGCUCAAGAGUGUUCUCAUCCGUGACCGUGAGAGCAUGGAUUCCAAAGGCAUCGUCGAUCGCUACCUACAAACCCUGUCGAGCCGGCCGUUCAACGCAUACUACGAUGAUGCCAUGGAAGCUCUCGCUAUCGUCCUCCCGCCCCAGGAAUCGGGUCAAAUUGCCCAUCUCGCCACAUUCACCAUCACCAAGUCCGGCUGGCUCACAAACCUUGCCGAAAACGUGUUCAUUAAUUUGAAGCGCGACUACCCCAAGCUGAUAUGGACCGUGAGCCAGAAGGACGAAAACCUGACAUGGUUCUUCGAUAAGGCGGACGGUAGCGUCUGCAAAGACGGCGAGGUUCUCUUCUGGUAUGGCAUCGAGGAUCUGAACGAGGUGCAGAGCCUCAUGACCGAAUUCACCCUUCACGGCCGUAGGAUGUUCGGCGACCUCAACCUGGAGGCUCAGCUUGCACGAGCUGCACAGGCCGCUAGCCAGUUCAUGAAGAACAAUACGGCCAACGUUCAACAAGUCCGGUCUUACUCUACCACCACUGCAUCCUCUCUUCGAUCAAGCGCUUCUCUUACCACCCCAAUCACCAUGUUCGCGUCUCGGCGACUACCUCGAAAUGUCAGAGGACGGAUGUCCGGAGUUCGGAGCUAUACCAGCGACACGAACCCCAACCCGCCCUACGGCAUUAAGAACAAGUCCAGGGACUGGCCCGCCAAGGUGGCCCUGAUCGGUGCCCGUGGUUACACCGGCCAAGCUCUCAUCGAUCUGCUCAACAACCACCCCAACAUGGACCUGCGUCAUGUCUCCUCCCGUGAGCUGGCCGGCAAGGAACUGCAGGGCUACAACAAGCGGAAGAUCGUCUACGAGAAUCUCUCCCCCGAUGACUGCCGCCGCAUGGCCGACAAGGGGGAGAUCGACUGCUGGGUUAUGGCCCUCCCCAACGGCGUCUGCAAACCGUUCGUCGAGGCCAUCGACGAGGCCGGAAAGGACACCGUCAUCGUUGACCUGUCGGCCGACUACCGCUUCGACUCGGCCUGGACGUACGGUCUUCCGGAACUCGUCGAUCGCAAGAACAUCGCGGAGGCGAAGCGCAUCUCGAACCCGGGGUGCUACGCCACCGCGGCGCAGAUUGGCCUGGCGCCCAUCCUGGACUUCAUCGGGGAGCAGCCGACGGCUUUUGGUGUCUCGGGCUACUCGGGCGCCGGAACGAAACCGAGUUCCAAGAACGACGUCAAUAACUUGACGAAUAACCUUAUUCCGUACAGCUUGACGGACCAUAUCCAUGAGCGAGAAAUCUCUUAUCAGCUGGGAACCCCGGUGGCGUUCAUCCCUCACGUCGCAGUCUGGUUCCAGGGAAUCCACCACACCAUCAACAUCCCCCUCAAACAUGAGAUGAAGUCCCGUGAUAUCCGCCAACUCUACCAGGACCGGUACGCCGGCGAGAAGCUGAUCAAAGUCAUUGGAGAGUCGCCCUUGGUGAAGAACAUCGCCGGCAAGCACGGCGUUGAGAUCGGCGGCUUCGCCGUGCACAGCUCGGGCAAGCGCGUGGUGGUGAAUGCGACCAUCGACAACCUGCUCAAGGGGGCGGCGACACAAUGUUUGCGUAAGUUUGACCUCAUAGGAUACCUUCCGCUACCCCCUAUAUGCGGACCUACAGGAUAUGAUGACUGA